AACAACAAACACCAGAGGCAGCCCAGAGCUAUACACAUCCACCUGACAUUGAAGCUUAUGUUCUGCCAAGGCUAGAGAUGAGGUUUGAAACUUUCGAAGAAACUAAGAACUUCUACAACGUAUAUGCGAAGCACACUGGUUUUGCUGUCAGGGAAGGCCCCAAGUUUAAGACCAGAGCCUACCUUUAUUGCACGUGCCAUGGAGUUUAUGAAUCAAAGGUGUCUGAAGCAAAUAGACAGCGGAACAAAACGACAGCCAGGACUAACUGCGGGGCUAAAAUGAGGCUGAAGAUUGAAAAGGAUGGAACACUUGUCGUAAAAGAGAUAGUCUGGGAACACAACCACAGGCUACAGCUCACUCCGCAAAUGCUUGUCUUCUUGCACUCCCACAAAAACUUUGACAAAACAAUCUUGGAGUACGUCAAGUACCUGCAGUUCAAAGGCAUUGAACACGCGCAAAUGAUGAGCAUUCUGGGCGGUGAUGACCCUGGUAGCUACUUCCUCGAAAUGAAUGCCAAAGACCUGAUUAACAUGAAAGCAAAGAAUUCAAGGAUUGAUGAUGUGGAUGAUGUCCUAAAGACUGUCAACUUCUUUAGGGAGAUGAAAGCUAUAAACAGGGAAUUCUUCUAUGACAUGCAACUCGAUGAGUCCGAUAGAGUUAAGAACAUAUUCUGGGCGAACGCAAGCUGCCGAGGUGCAUAUCAGGACUUCGGUGACUGCGUAACAUUUGACACCACGUACAAGACCAACAAGUACCAUAUGCCACUUGGGGUGUUUGUCGGUACUAAUAACCACUUACAGACUACAUUCUUUGGUUUCGCCUUGAUAAGAGAUGAGGAUGCAGAAUCAUUCAGAUGGCUGUUCAAGACGUUUUUAAGAUGUUUUCAUAAGCUAUGCCGCUGGCACAUUAUGAAGAAGUCCAGGGAACACCUCGCGUACCUAUAUUUCCUGCACGAGGACCUUAAGGAUGAAUUCACAUCAAUUCUCAACUGGCCCCUCAUGCCAACUGAGUUUGAGGAUGCCUAG